CUCUCAACCUCCAACUUGAUUCCUGACUGAUAUUGAAACUGGCGAGAUGGUUCAGAAUAUCGCCUCAGCAUUCGAGCAAUCGCACCAAGGCCUGCUGGCUGCACUUCCAGAGGCUGACCUUGGCCUCCUGGCCGCUGGGGCCAUAGUGUUCGGCCUGCAGAAAUUGGUUCCUUCCUAUGAGGACUCUUACAAGCUCUGGUAUCCUAAACUCAAGAAACCUUCCUGGAACCCUCCUUCCUGGGUGUUUCCUGCAGUGUGGAUACCUCUGAAGAUCCUUCAAUCGGCUGCCUUGUGGUUGGUGUGGAAAUCUGCCGGAGCUGACAAGGCGUCCAUUUCUAUACCCCUGGCUAUCUUUGGUGUGCAUGCACUCCUAGGGAACCAGUGGAAUGUGGUCUUCUUUGGGCGCCGUGACAUGCCAGGGAGUCUCAAAUGGAUGGGUGCAUUCUGGUUGUCGGUAGCAGCCACUGCAUUCUCCUUCUACUCAGUGAACCCGCUUGCAGGACUGCUCGUGUCUCCUACACAGAUAUGGGUGACCAUUGCAGCAAAGCUGAAUUAUGACAUUGUCAAGCUCAACAAGGGAGAUGAGAAGCUCAAGUGAAGCUUAGGGAUCUCCAUUGUGAUCCUACAUUUUUUUGUAGGAACUAAUGUUUCUGACCGCAGAGACUGCUUUUCUGAUUGGAGCAGUCUGUGCGUAGCGCCUCUGUUGAGGAAAACUGCAAAAUUUGAAGUUUCUGUUGCUUUCAGUCAAAUCUCUGUUCAGGGAGAUGUGAUCUUAUAUUUAGUAAGUUGAACAAUGUCUGGAAGCCAUUGUACGGUAUGUUGUUUGAUUGCAUUGAAGCUCGGCAGCGCUGCUAGCUGCCGAUUGUGAAGCUCACAAUGUGAGCAGAAAUUUUUCUCUUCAGGAUUUCACAUCCCCUGCAAGAUUCGUAGGUGAACAUUAUGUGCUGACACCCAUGUGUCAACUUCGAUGAGCUUUGAGCAGAGUAGCAGCAAGAUGAUCUCUACCAUAUGUAUGAAUUGCACAUCUGC